AUGUGUAUCGAACAGCUGCAGUUGUUGUUGGUAAAUGCUCAGAAGGGAGAUGUCUCACGAGCUUUGGCUAACAACCUUGAGCCUAAUGAUUUGGGUUUGUACUUCAUGAAGUUCUUCAGCACCUUAUGCAAUAUUCCUUCAGUUUCCCUUUUCCGAUCUUUAGACGACGAGGAUGAAAAAGCAGUGAAAGAUUUGCAAGCAAUGGAAGCUAAAUUAUCUAGAGAGGAAAAGAGCCACGACUAUAGUUUUGAUGCAGAUAGAGAUCAUGCACUGCGAUACUUGCUUAUCCAGUUGCUCUUACAAGCCAUUCUUUGUCCAAGGGAGUACUCAGAAGCUGCAUCUGAACUCAUCAUCUGUUGCAAGAAAACAUUUUCUACUCCUGAUAACCCCGAGUCGUGUGGAGAAAAUGAUACAGAGGUGUUCAAAUAUUUUUGCAGUGAUAUCACUGAUGAUGGGCUGAUACGGAUGUUGCGAGUCAUAAAGAAAAAUUUAAAACCUGCAAGACAUCGAGAUGCAGCUAGUGCUGAUGAAGAUGACGAUGAUGAAGAUGACGACUUAUUCAAUAUUGAAGAUGAAGAAAUUGAUCAAGUUGAGACUGGUGAAACAGGUGAGAGCGAUGGGCUGUCUGAUGAUUCUGAGUUCAUGGUUGAGGCAGAGGAAACUGCUCAGGACCAUCCUGAAGCAUCUGAUGAUUCAGAUAGUGGGAUGGAUGAUGAUGCAAUGUUCAGGAUUGAUACUUAUCUUGCUCAGAUUUUCAAAGAGAAGAAAAAUCAGGCAGGAAAUGAAAUUGCUCAAUCCCAGCUUUUGUUGUUCAAACUCCGCAUCCUUUCAUUAUUGGAAAAUUUCCUUCAUGAAAAUCCAGGUAAGCCUCAGGUUCUUACUGUGUACUCACAUUUAGUGCAGGCAUUCGUUAACCCAGACACUGCUGAAGUUAGUGAGCAGAUCAGUCAGUGUCUAUGUGGAAUAUUGGAAAAGAAAAUAUUUAAAGCAAAGGAUUAUCUAAAGGGUGCUGAAGUCCAAUUACCCAUGCUUGAAUUGGACAUACUGUAUUUGGUUUUAUUUUGGAGAGAUGUGAAGUGCCAAAUCAUACUUUAG